UUAAAGAGGGGAAGAGACAGUUUUUGUGAGUUGUGUGUGUAGAGCAGAAAGAUCUGGAUUAGGGAUUUACAAGCUGCCUUCUAUUUAAUAUGAGUGAGGUUUUACAGCACAAUUUACUUAUUUGCCAACUGAGUUUUUUGUCUGCCCUUUUAUUUAUUAUUUUAGCUUUCUUUCUGAUUCUCAGCUAUGCUUCUAAUAACUCAAGGUUACCACACACGUAGUUGUUCUAACUAGUUAGGUUCCUUAGCCAUUAAGCUAAUUUAAAAAUUAAAAAAUAAAAAUAAUCGGAGUACCAAUUUUAACUACUUUAAGGUUUUUUUUUAAAGUGGGUGAAUGUGGGUGAGAAAGGUUAGUACUGACAAAGUAGUAUAAUAAUAAUAAUAGUAUUUUUAUAAAGAAAAUUUAAAAAAUUUUAUCUAUAAACACAAACCAAUGAAGGUUUUUCAUGCAAGUCUUUUCAUUGACUAUAAUGAUGCUGCUAUUUGUUCUGCAAACCCCUAGCUGCCUGCAUAAGCACAGAUACCAAACUGUGAUUUCAUAUUAAAGCAGUAUUUAAAAUAUUUUCAUAUUCCUAAAGAAAAAUUCUGGCACAUUAAAUUCAUCUGACUGUUCUUGGAUAUUAUUUGUUUUUACAUCAAACUCACAGUAAAUAUCUUUCAUGAAAUAUUCAAUUGUGAGUUUAAAAAAACAGCAGACAUUGAAUAAAAUUUCAAGUGCUCAGUAGAACUAAAAUGAACUAAGUCUUUUCCAAUAAUUUUCACACAGGCUAAGGAAUAUAAAUUUGAAACAGGAAAAAGCAUACAAACGCUACCGCUGAUCUAGAAGUAAUUAAAUAAUUUUAAAAUACAAGUGGUCCUUUUAAUAAAGAAACUGAAAAUGCUCAAGUUCUAGUACUAAGCUAGUCUUGCAGUCUAGAGGAAACUUUGAUAACAUAGCUGUUAAGAUUUUUAUACCCAUUUCCUGAAAUAAAGCAGAAAUAUAUUUUUAUUACAUAUUGUAUACUUUCCCCAAUAUAUGUGGGAAAAAAAACUACCAAUGAACCAAACUCUCAAAUUCAGAGGCUAUUUGUUUAAAAAUAAGCAAUGAAAAAGUUUCUGCGAAAACCUAUGUAUACACGUAGAAUCCAGACCUUUCUGUGCUCUUCUAUAUAAGGCUGCAACCAGAACAAAUUAUGUUCCACAGCAAAGGCAUAAAAAGCUAGUAAGAAUCUUGUUUCACUGCUAGAAAUCAGAACUCUUAAAAUUGCUGUAUGUAUCACAGGGCAGACUUUUCACAGAAUGAAAGCUGUAGAAUCUCUAGAUUGUAUCUUAUUUUUACUCAAAUGGGAAAAACAGCCCAGGGUUAAUCUGAAACAAGACUAUCUUAAGCUAAAAUGAUACAGAGUUUAUUACAAUUCCCCAAAUAUUAAAGAGAGCUCCUAAUAUAACUUGAAUAAGGGUCAUGAACUGGUUCAGCAUAGUUCACUUGUGGCUUUAUGAAUUACAAUGAAUGCUGCUACUCUUUAAAAGCGAAUGUAUCAAAGGGGAAACAACCCCCUUGGCAUGCUCACAGCUAUACAACACAUUGGUUUCAUUAUCUUCCAGUGCCAGCGCUGGAGGCUCAGCACAAGUCAGGGAGAGGAGGGCUUCAGGCGCGCAGCGAGGUCUCCUGAGCAGAUAAGGGAGAUGGCCAAAUAACAGCUAUCGGUUUCUUUCACUAAGCCUUCUGAAAUCCGAGCCUCUGUAGAAUACUAAACACUUGGGUCUUACCUACAGACAUGGAUAGAUGCAUUUAUGUUCUCAUGUUAGAGAACUUGAAGUUGUUUUUAAAGGAAGAAGUCAACUUGGGCUUCCAGUACUUGGCAUGGGUACAAUGCCUUAAAAAAGCAGAUGACCAGCUUAGCUACUGACCAUGCUGACCAUUGUCUGGAAUUGGAUCCAAUCACAGAAAAACAGUGAAUGGCUUUCUCUUAUACGACAUCCGAACAAAGCACAAUUCCUGAGCCCAUUUUGCAGAGCUCAUUUGAUCACUUAACCUCUUCUAACUGGUCUGGAUCACAGACAGAAUCGAUACCAGAGGAAAUGAAACAGAUCGGCGAGGACCAGGGAAACAAACCGCGCUGGGCAGCUCUUCUGAUACUCAUGGUGGUAAUUCCCACAAUUGGUGGAAACGUCCUUGUUAUCCUGGCUGUUUCACUGGAGAAGAAGCUGCAGUAUGCUACCAAUUAUUUUCUUAUGUCCCUGGCAGUCGCUGAUUUGCUCGUUGGAUUGUUUGUGAUGCCGAUUGCCCUCUUGACAAUAAUGUUUGAGGCUAUGUGGCCCCUCCCACUUGUUCUGUGCCCUGCCUGGUUAUUUCUUGACGUUCUUUUUUCUACUGCGUCCAUUAUGCAUCUCUGUGCCAUUUCAGUGGAUCGUUAUAUAGCCAUCAAAAAGCCAAUCCAGGCCAAUCAAUAUAACUCCCGAGCCACAGCAUUCAUCAAGAUUGCAGUGGUGUGGCUAAUUUCAAUAGGCAUUGCUGUUCCAGUCCCUAUCAAAGGGAUAGAAACUGAUGGGAGUAACCCAAACAACAUCACCUGUGAAAUGACAAAAGACCGCUUCGGCAACUUCAUGCUCUUUGGCUCCCUGGCUUCCUUCUUCACGCCUCUGGCGAUCAUGAUCGUCACCUACUUUCUCACUAUCCGUGCUUUACAGAAGAAAGCUUACUUCGUCAGAAACAAGCCACCUCAACGCCUGACAUGGCUGACUGUGUCCACAGUUUUCCAAAGGGAUGAAACACCUGGCUCGUCACCUGAAAAGGUGGCAAUGCUAGGUGACUGUAACAAGGACAAAACUCUGCCCAACUUAAGUGAUGCCAUACUUAUGCGAAGAAUGUCCACAGUUGGAAAAAAGUCACUGCAGACCAUUUCCAAUGAACAGAGAGCCUCAAAGGUUCUCGGGAUUGUGUUUUUCCUCUUUUUGCUUAUGUGGUGCCCCUUUUUCAUCACAAACAUAACUUUAGUUUUAUGUGAUUCUUGCAACCAGACUACUCUCAAAAUGCUCCUGGAGAUAUUCGUGUGGAUAGGCUAUGUUUCCUCGGGAGUGAAUCCUUUGGUCUACACCCUCUUCAACAAGACAUUUCGGGAUGCAUUUGGCAGAUUCAUCACCUGCAAUUACUGGGCCACAAGAUCAGUAAAAAGUCUAAGAAAAUGUUCCAGUAAUAUCUUCCGGAAUCCAAUGGCAGAGAGCUCUAAGUUUUUCAUAAAACAUGGAAUGCGGAAUGGCAUUAAUCCUGUCAGGUACCAGAGCCCACUGAGGCUCCGAAGUUCAACCAUCCAGUCUUCUUCAAUCAUUCUACUAGAUACACUUCUCCUCACUGAAAACGAAGGUGACAAAACUGAAGAGCAAGUCAGUUAUGUAUAGAAGAAGCGGCACAGCUUCCAUCUAACGUAAUGAUGGGUAGGGCAAUGAAGCAGAUAUAAAUGCACUAAGAAUUAUAUAAAGAACUUAACUCAUUUAUCAUACCAUCUCUGUACACUAAGAGUGACACAUCAAGAUUACCCAAUUGUCUUUAUUUGGACACAGUUACUUCAUGAAAAAAAGAAUUUUGGCUCUGACUAGUGUGGCUUAGUUGGUUUGGCGUCAUCUUGCAGAGCAAAAGGCCUCUGGUUUGAUUCCUGGUCAGGGCACAUACUUGGGUUGAGGGUUCGGUUCCUGGUCAGGGAGCGUGCAAGAGGCAACCUACUGGUGUUUCUCUUUCACUUCAGUGUUUCCCUCCCUCUCCUUCUCCCUCUCUCCCCUUCUCUAAAAAUAAAUAAAAUCUUUAAAAAAUCAUAAUCUGUGGGCUGGUUUCAAACAAGGUUAAAGAAAAAAAAUCAUUUUGUACAGCGGCAAAUUAAAGUAAUCUAGCACUCUGGUUAAAUGUUAAGAGAGUUAAAUGAAAUAAAAUUAAAUAAAUCAAUAAAUUUCAGGCUGAAAAAAUAAUGUCUUCAUAAGAAUUUGUUUAGUUCCUACUUAUUUGCAAAGCUGAGCUACAAAGGAAAUAAAACAAAACAAACAAGCAUUAUCCUUGUAUUUAAUGCCUUAAAAGCAUAAGGCAUAACAACAGUGAUAAAGGAACAAAGGACUAACAAUACGUGUAUAAAAUAAAGAUUACAUCUGGAGAUAAGAUUGCCCUUUAUAGUUUGGUUUAUUCCAUGUGGUCAUGGCUUUGCUUUGAUCAGGAAAUUGCCUGGAUAGAAGGAGUAGGGAGGACAGUAGGUGCACAUCACAGAAAAUAACUAGAGCUCAGAAAAUAACCUCAGUCCAGGAACCUAAACUUUGAUGGUCUCAUAAACGGAGAUCAUAUUGCCUAAGCUUGACCAAAGACUUGGUUGAACUUCAGACACAAAAAUUUUAAAUUUACCCUCUCAUUAUUUCAUAUUGGGAAUAAAUUCACUCUGUGUCAAUUACUACCUAACUGAUUGAAUUUAUAGAAAAGUGAAUUUUUCUGCACCUCAUUUACAGUUCACAGGGUUCUUAUGAGGGUGAGUACAUGUGGGCACUCUGUAACUGGCAGACAAUUCUUUUGACUUUUGUUACUUGAUUUUUAUGCUAACCUCAUUCCUUUGGGUGGAGGGGUCCGCAGUGAAGACAGCCCAUAUCGUCACCUUUUCUUUCGGGCUGGCCCAUUUUUAUGCCCCAACCGACUGUUCUCUCACCCCCCUCUCCAUGCAACUUGUUUAAGAGAAUUACUUCAAGAAAUAUGCUGGCUUUGAGCUCAGCCUAAGUAAACCAGGUAUGUAUUUUCCAAAUGGCAGAGUCCUUUCCUACAACCUGGUUCUAAUACAUAGAUCUUACGGGCUCUAUGUCAGCUGCCAGAAAGAGUAUAUCUAACAAAUUUAAUUCCUAAAUCAUCAAAGCUUUUGUCCCUACCAGUCUAAGAGUUUUCAGUGGCAUUAAGAGUUGGCUAUUUCAAAUAAGAGGCAAAAUAAUUUGUUCCUAAAGACAAAACAAACGAAAUGAAAAAGCCCAUUCUUUUCAGUUUUGGUUCUUGUCUCUAAUAUGAUGGAUUUGGCAUAUGUAUAUGUUAAUGAAUACUUGUACCUAAAAAACAUAUAUAUCUAUUUAUAUUCUUGCCAAGUGUUAUAAGAUUAAGUUUCCAGACAUCACUCUAAUAGCAUUUCAAACUGUAUUUUAUGUGUGUGAAGGUAUCUAUAAUUAUUUCUAGAAAUCUGAAUACUAGAAACGGCAGUCACACUGGCACAGUCUACCCCUAGGCAAUCUAGAAAAAAGGACUUUCUCCCCACAUGCUCUACAUUGCCUCCAAAUCUGUGUCUGUGCUUAAACUCACACACACAAGGAGCACAUAAACAACUCAUGAGCUGGGUCUGACUAUCCUAGGGAGACUCAGCAAAGCACAGAAGUAGCUCUUGGGCGACAUCUGCUGCUGAAACUGGGAAUUUAGCACAUGUGUGAACUACAGGAACUACAAGGGCAAAAUGAACUUUGUUAAUUUGAGCACAAAGACUGGUCCCGUUAAAAAGAAGUGAAAAAGUUUUUAAUUAUCUCAUCAACUUCCUCUGCGGCAGACUAUGCACACUAGGCCAAUGAUUUACAUGACACAAAAUACAAAGCCACUCAUAGGAAAAUUAACAGCUGACAAGAAACAAAACAAAGAGACUAUCAUGAGUAGGAUUCUUUACACAAGCCAACAGUUGCUAAAGAGUGCACCUAGAAGAUAUACUUCCCAUAUUAAAAUUAUCUAGCUUCCUGAUAAAUUAAAAAAAAACCCCAAACCUCUCUAGAUGGCAAUAAUAAAACCAUUUCUUUUUGUUUUUGAACUGUGUCUAAACUCUAGAGCAAAAAUAUGGGAAGAUAAAGGUCACAGCGUGGCUAGAAUGAUAAACCAGAGAUGGCAGGAAGGAAAUAAAACUAUUCAACUUAUACUUUGCUUCUUCCAUCUUUUCUCUCAGGAGAAUGAUCUUUAGAUCAGAAAGAUAAAAAGUAAUGUAAAGAUGGAUCAAAAUGCAAAGUAGGUGAAAGAGAAUGACUGCUUAAACGAAUUCAAGUCUCUAAGCUGCACGAACCUUCCGCCUGAAACAGAACUUGUCAAUGUAAUCAUGGAGUCACUGCCGACGAACCCGAGGAAAGACAGGGAGUGGCAAAGGUGCACAAAGGACCGCAAGUGCCCACAUAAAAUAUCCCCAUGUUCACAAAGAAUCUUUUCAAGAAACAGGAUUUGAAAAGUUAAAAUUGUAGAGUCUGUU